AUGUUCAUGCCUCAACAACCUCAACUCACUCCUGAGCAAAAGGCGAUGCUUCGUCAACGUACAAUUGCCACUGUCACUAAUUUUGCUGCUGUAGUAUUAACUAUACGUGCAGCUCCAUUUGCUCUCGAACAAUUGAAGAAAUUAUUCUAA